UUGGCGUCCCCUUGGUAACUGUACACCACAGUGUUUGCAUGGAGAGGUCAGAGAGACAAAAGACUCAGCUCAUCGCUAACCAGCCAUACGACGAGACCCUGGACAUCAACGACUCCGAAGAGGUGGCCAGUUUGUACACACCUACUCCACGACAAGCAGUCUUUAGAAACACAAGCCGACAGCAGCUGAAUAACAUGGCCAAAACUGGCAGUGAUGAAUUUGAAGAUGGUGCCAAGCAAAAAAGGAAAGGUCCGCCUGCUAGUCCACGUGAAGCUACUGAAAAUAAUGAUGAAGAAGACGACUCGGAUGAUGAUGAUGAUGAUGAUGAUGACGACUCGGAUGAAACAGAGUCAGAUGAAGAUGAUGGGGAGCCAGGAUCAGCCCCAGAAGGAGCGUACGAUCCAGCAGAUUAUGACCAUCUACGUGUCACAUCAGAUAUUAAAGAACUUUUCCAGUACAUCACACGUUAUACAUCACAGACCAUUGAAUUGGACCAUAAGCUGAAGCCUUUCAUUCCUGACUUCAUUCCAGCCGUAGGCGACAUCGAUGCUUUCCUUAAAGUUCCUCGGCCAGACGGGAAAGCUGACGGUCUGGGCUUGCUGGUGUUGGAUGAACCAUGCACUAAGCAGUCUGACCCCACUGUGCUCUCCCUGUGGCUUUCUGAAAACAGUAAACAGCACAACAUUGCGGAAGUAAAAGUGAAGAGUAUUGAGAACCCACAAAAGAACCCAAAAGCUAUAGAUAACUGGAUAGAGAGCAUCAGUGAACUGCAUCGCUCCAAACCACCAGCUACUGUACACUACACCAGACCCAUGCCAGACAUCGAUACCCUGAUGCAGGAGUGGCCACCUGAGUUUGAGGAACUUUUAGGCAAGGUGAAUCUCCCCACAGCAGAUAUUAACUGUGACCUUGCAGAGUACAUUGACAUAAUCUGUGGUAUCUUUGACAUUCCAGUCUACAAGAACCGAAUUCAGUCUCUCCACAUCCUGUUCACACUUUAUUCAGAAUUCAAAAACUCCCAGCACUUUAAGGAUUUGGCAGAGGGUCAUAAAUCGUCACCCACUCAACAUAUCACUACUACAGAAGCAGAGACAUUGACGCUAGAGUGAUCUUUCUCUCUUUCUCCCACCCCUUUACUCCUUUGCUCUUUCUCUCUUUCUCAUUCUCUCUCACACCCACAAACAACACACACGCGUAUGUGAACCCAUAAAGACCCCAUGAAAAAGCCGUUAAGUCACUAACGCCACUCCACCCCCGCUCCUCCCAUUACAAGACAAGUGGCAGCAGCAUUAACUUCACUUUUCAACAGUCUUCUAAUUUUUAUUAAAAAUGUCAGUAUAUAUUACAUUUUUACUAAAUGUAUGUGUAGCAACAACUCUUUCUCUAUGCUGUGAUAUUUACAAAUAAAGAUUUUCCCCUCAGA